AUGCGCCUGAUUUCUAUUCUGUUCGUGGUGUUCGUGGCUCCUUUUAUUGCUGGUGCUCCAACUGGAAAAGAAAACGACGAUCUAAUUAGCUAUGAGAACGUGCACACGGAAAAUGGAUAUCGAUUUUCCUACGAAACUAAGGAUGGCCAAGCACGCGAAGAAGUUGGGACGAUCGACCCCAAUACGGGUGCGUUAAGCGUAACCGGGUGGUACAGCUUCCAUACACCAGAUGGCGCCACUCACAGAGUAGAUUUCAUUGCGGAUGAGAAUGGAUAUCGUACAAUGAAUCAAGCUGAUAUUGAUGAUUCGGAAUUCCAGUUGCCAGUCGUUGAGGCAGCUCCAAUUAACAAUGCUUUGCUGCUAUCACUGGUUGGUUAA